GCUUUGCGAAGUUUGUAUGAAACCAAGCGGAAGGUUUGCACAGUAAAAACACGUCAGUAUUUGAUCCGGACAGCGGGUCUGCGGCACAGACAGCCUCUUUGAUGACAUUCAUCAGUGUUAUUAAUAUUACCUCGGUCAGUUAAAGCGCUCGCUCCGGAGCUGCACGUCGUUCGCGCGGGGACACAAUGAAGAAGGUUGCUUUGUUGCUAAUUGUGCUGCUAGGCGUUGCACAUUUCGCGACUGUCGGCAGAUGUGAAGACGAUGAAACAGAAGACAAAGAGAAGACUGCAGAAGAGGAUAGUGAUGAGGAGGAGGAGGAGGAGGAUGACACAGAGGUGAAAGAGGAGAACGGGGUUCUUGUUCUCACCGACAGCAACUUUUACUCCUUCACAGAGGGAAAAGACACAGUUCUGCUCGAGUUCUAUGCACCAUGGUGUGGUCACUGCAAGCAGUUCGCCCCAGAGUACGAGAAGAUCGCUCAGACUCUGAAGGAGAACGACCCGCCCAUACCUGUGGCCAAAGUGGACGCCACUGUGGCCAGCUCGGUGGCGAGCAGGUUUGACGUGUCUGGAUAUCCCACCAUUAAGAUCCUGAAAAAUGGCGAGCCGGUGGACUACGAUGGAGAAAGAACAGAGAAGGCCAUYGUGGAGCGGGUGAAGGAGGUGUCUCAACCGGACUGGAAGCCCCCUCCUGAGGCGACGCUUGUUCUGACCAAGGACAACUUUGAUGAGACCGUUAAUGAUGCUGAGAUCAUCCUGGUGGAGUUCUACGCUCCAUGGUGCGGACACUGCAAGCGUCUGGCUCCGGAGUACGAGAAGGCUGCAAAAGAGCUGAGCCAGCGCUCUCCUCCCAUUCCUUUGGCCAAGGUUGACGCCACAGUUGAAGGGGACAUCGCCUCCCGCUUUGGGGUCACUGGCUAUCCCACCCUGAAGAUCUUCAGAAAGGGCAAGGUGUUCGAGUACAACGGACCCAGGGAGAAGUACGGCAUCGUGGACUACAUGAGUGAGCAGGCAGGACCCCCCUCGAAGCAGGUCCAGGCAGGGAAACAGGUCCAGGAGCUCAUCAAGGACGGUGACGAUGCCGUGAUAGUCGGCGUGUUCUCCAGCGAGCAGGACGCAGCGUAUGAGCUCUACAGCGAGGCCUGUAACGCUCUGAGAGAGGACUUCACCUUCCGCCACUCCUUCAGCGCAGAGGUGGCCAAACUGUUGAAGGCGUCUCCCGGUCAGAUCGUCAUCGUUCACCCCGAAAAGUUCCGCUCCAAGUACGAACCGGCAUCUCAGAAACUUACAGUCAAGGAAUCCACGACCGUAUCAGACRUUGAGGAAUUCUUCAAAAAACAUUCCGUUCCUCUGGUGGGACACAGAAAACCCAGCAAUGAUGCUAAACGCUAUGCCAAAAGACCCCUGGUGGUCGUGUAUUAUGGCGUUGACUUCAGCUUUGACUACAGAAAAGCUACACAGUUCUGGAGGUCCAAGGUGCUGGACGUGGCCAAAGACUUCCCGGAGUACACGUUUGCCAUCGCUGAUGAGGAAGACUAUGCCGAGGAGCUGAAGAGCCUUGGGCUGAGCGAGAGCGGAGAGGAAGUGAACGUUGGGAUUUUGGCGGACGGAGGCAAAAAGUUUGCCAUGGAGCCAGAGGAGUUCGAUUCAGAGGUGCUGAGAGACUUUGUUGUUGCUUUUAAGAAAGGAAAACUCAAGCCCAUCAUCAAGUCUCAGCCAGUGCCGAAGAACAAGGGACCGGUCACGGUCGUGGUGGGAAAGACGUUCGACCAGAUCGUCAUGGACCCCCAGAAGGACGUCCUCAUCGAGUUCUACGCUCCCUGGUGCGGCCACUGCAARAAACUGGAGCCCGAUUACGUGGCCCUCGCCAAAAAGUACAAAAACGAGAAGAACCUGGUGAUCGCCAAGAUGGACGCCACCGCCAACGACGUGCCGAACGAUAGCUACAAGGUGGAGGGCUUCCCUACGAUAUACUUUGCACCGAGCAACAGCAAGCUGAGUCCGGUGAAGUUUGAGGGUGGGGACAGAACAGUGGAGGGCUUCAGCAAGUUCCUGGAAGAGCACGCCACCAAGCUACAGCAGAGAGACGAACUCUGAGACUUUUUUCCUUCUCUCUCUGCGAGGAGCUAAGAACUUUGAGCCGGAGUCCAGGACGUCCAGGGAGCGCAUCGGGUUUAAAAAUGAAAACGGUGUUACUGACAAUUCUAAGUUUUACUUUCUGUUCAUUCCAAGAGAUUCAGCUUCUGUUUCUGAGAGCAUGUAAAAGCACUGCUGACGAUUUUUAAAUAAAAACUGAAAAUGAUGGCUGUUUUAAAAGCCGACGCUAA